AAUGCUAUGGUACUAUUUUCAAGACUUGAGAGGGAGGUGCUAGCCUAUUAAUAGGAUGUUCUCUCCUGGUAGUAUAAACAGGAACUAAUUCAAGUCACCGUGUAGUAAAAAUGGGCAUUGUACGUAUAAUUCAAAUUAUGAUAACAUGAAACGAACUUGUGCAUAUCAUCCGUAUUAACUGGAAGCACUGGAAUUGGCUGACAACUUCAAGAAGGAAAACGUCGCAAAGACUAAAAUCGGUUGUAUCUAAUGCAAAAUGAUGCCAUAUAGAAAGUUACCUCCUGAGUAUGCUCAAGGAACGGAUAUUCCCUUGUCAAGAAAGAGUACACAGAAGGUGCUUGGUGUUGUGAAUCUUUAUAGACACAGGCCUUUGGCUACAAAUGUACUGAUUGUUACUUUCAUAGCUGUGGCCCUACUUCUAACCGUAACUGCAUUUUGGUUGUUGGCUAAGGUUACUAAAGAAAUGGAGUCUGAGAGCAAAUACCCAGACAACGUGUUUAAUGUUUUAGAUCAGAGCAUGACACCUGAUCAUAUGAUACCACCAAAAUGCACCAGUAUACCUGAGAAACAACGGUUUGACUGUUACCCUGAGAGUAAUGUGGUUGUCACUCAAGAACUAUGUGAGAAUCGCAAUUGCUGUUUUAUGAAAGUGCCUUCUUCCUCAUCUAGCAAAAGUGGAGUUCCUUGGUGUUUCUAUCCUCCAGAUUUUCCAAGUUAUAGUAUGGAUGCACUGAACAUCACUGAAGAAGGAUAUAUAGGAAAGCUAUCACGAAAGCAGAAGAGUUAUUAUCCCAAGGACAUUGAAACCUUGCAGCUUAAUGCGAUAUUUGAGACUGAUACAAGGCUUCAUAUCAAGAUCACUGACUUUUCCAGUGCACGAUAUGAAGUGCCUGUAGAGGUUCCCCAUCCUACAAAGAGAGCCUCUGCUCCAACGUAUCAAAUAGCAUUCACUGAAAAACCAUUUAGUGUGACUGUGAUGCGGAAAUCCAGUGGAACAGUGCUCAUAAACACAGCUGUGGCUCCCCUCUUCUUUGCCGACCAGUUUCUUCAGAUUUCCACAACACUGCCCUCUCAGUUUGUGUAUGGGCUUGGUGAGCAUCGUGCUGGAUUUGCACAUAGCUUGAAUUGGAAUACACUGACCUUCUGGGCACGAGAUGUGCCUCCUACGGAUUUCCAGCAAUGCCACCAUUUUGGGGAUUAGGUUUCCAUCUCUGUCGUUGGGGUUAUGGAUCUAGCAAUGCUACCUGGGAGGUUGUCAGUUCUAUGAGAAAGUAUGAAAUACCACAGGAUGUACAGUGGAAUGAUAUUGAAUACAUGCAUGAAUCUCGAGAUUUUUCUUUGGAUCCAGAAAAAUUUAACACCCUUCCAGAGCUUGUGCAGGACCUUCAUAAACAUGGACAGCGCUAUGUCAUGAUUCUGGAUCCAGGAAUUAGUAGCUCCCAACCAAGUGGCUCUUACUGGCCUUUUGAUGAAGGACUGAAACGGAGUGUUUUUAUUAAUACAACGGAUGACAAGCUGCUCAUCGGAAAGGUUUGGCCAGGGUUAACAGCCUUCCCCGAUUUCUCGGAUCCUGAAACACACCACUGGUGGUAUGAGAACCUGGAACAGUUUUACAGCAAGAUUGCUUUUGAUGGAGCUUGGAUUGAUAUGAAUGAACCGUCAAGCUUUCUGGAUGGAUCUCUGGAUGGCUGCCCUGUCAAUGAACUUGAAAACCCACCAUACCUCCCAGGUGUCUUGGGAGGGUCAUUGCGUUCAAAAACCAUCUGUGCUUCUGCUAAACAGAGAGCCUCUCUUCACUACAAUUUACACAGUUUAUAUGGCCUAAUGGAGGCACAAGCAACCUUCACGGCUCUGAAGAAGAUUCUUAAAAAGCGUCCCUUUGUGAUCUCCCGUUCCACCUAUCCUAGUCAGGGUAGGUACUCAGGCCAUUGGCUGGGGGACAACAGGAGUCAGUGGAAGGAAAUGUACUGGUCUGUAUCAGGAACACUCAACUUUAACAUGUUUGGAAUUCCACUGGUAGGAGCUGAUAUUUGUGGAUUUUCUGAAAGUACUACAGAAGAACUCUGUCUUCGAUGGAUGCAGCUAGGAGCCUUCUACCCAUUUUCUCGAAAUCACAACUCCAUCCAAGAAAAGGCUCAGGAUCCAACUGCCUUCAGUUCAGAGACUCGGGAGGCCAUGAAGAAAGUGUUGCUAACCCGUUAUGCCCUUCUUCCAUACCUUUACACCCUCUUCCAUCGUGCACACCAGAAGGGUUACACUGUUGCUAGGCCCUUAUUCUUUGAAUUCCCUCAAGAUUCAACAACUUACUUGAUUGACAGACAGUUCUUGUGGGGGAGGAGCCUGUUGGUGACGCCAGUGCUGGAGCAAGGGGCUACAUCUGUGGUUGGUUACUUUCCUAAAGGCAUUUGGUACAAUUAUUAUACGGGAUCUUCCUUUAUUAGCAGUGGAGAGUCUGUACAGCUUGCAGCUCCACUGGACCACAUUAACUUGCAUGUACGAGAAGGAUCCAUCAUUCCCACACAGAAACCAGGUACUACCACGUGGGUGAGCAGUGGAAACAACAUGCGAAUUAUUGCCACAUUGUCAAGUGAUGCAACAGCUUAUGGAGACCUCUUUUGGGAUGAUGGUGAUAGCAUUGAUACAUAUGAAACUGGUGAAUAUUCGUACCUUGUCUUCAAUGUCAGCCAGAAAACAUUUACUUCGUCUGUGCUGCAUCUUAACGUAGAAGCCACUUACAUCACAAUAGAUACACUUACUGUGUUUGGCGUUCAAGAGGAACCAACAAAGACUGCAGUGAAUGGAAACGAGGUUCCCUUUUCCUAUUCAGAAAGCAAGGUUCUUACAGUGGAAAAUCUGCAGUUGAAUCUAAGCAAAGAAUUUGUUAUGAGAUGGCAAUGAUGACAAUACCAUUGGUUAUGCCUCUUAGGACACUUAAAAGGACAUCCAUAAGCAACUUUUAUUUUAGUCUGCAGUGAAUGACAAGUUCAUUUUGGAACAGCAAAUAAAGAAUGUAACCACAAUUUUGCAUCCAUGAUUAAGUAAUUUACCAUGGAGUGCUCUGACCUGCUGCUAAAAUUUUAGAGUCAAACUGUGAUCUUGCUGCUGCUUCUGAAGAAAACUGAAUGUUGAAUCUUUUUUGCACAAUUACUUUUAUGCUUGUGGCCAUUGUAACAGAAUUGUUUACAUACUUUAUUACCUGUUGAUUUAGCCUAUGUGGAAAUUAUUUUUAUAGAACCAAUGUCAUUACAGUUUUCAUAAAAUUGCAAACAUUGACGUGGGAUCUGCAGCUUUUAAAUUAGAGGAGAAUGUUAGAGCAUGUAGUACAGCUUUAUGAGACAGGAGGAAUAUUUCUUGAGGGUUGUUUGACUUAAUCUUUACAGAAUAUGCACAUUUUAAGAAACCUUGUUUGAAUUAAAUGCUCAUACAAGUUAUUUUAAUAAUUUAAUAUGUGGAUAAUUUUUUUAGCAAAGUAACUUGUAAUAGAAAAGUGUUACAUGAUUAUUCCUUGACUGGCACCAGUUUACAUUGUUUCUGUAAAUGAGUAGUAAUUGUAUUGUCAUUUAAUAAAUGGUUAAAUAAUAAAAGUUGCUGUAGUUGA